CCGCACACUUCGGCAGUGCACUUCCUUGUACAUGUGCACUUGAUGUUUCAUUGUUACUAUAAGCAGUCAGACACACUGCUUGCAAAACCAGCGGACGUUAACCUCUUGAAGCUCAUACUUACUGAUGAAGAAAUCAAAGUUAUGACAAAGCCAUAACAUCAGCACUGGAUCCAGUGGACAAAUACAUUUAUUGGAUCUGCUAAGAAGCCAAGAAAAAUGGACAAGACAUCACAGCAAGCAGAGCCGAGUUCAGCACAGCGACUGUCUCCAAAUGCGAGGAGGAAUUUCAGGUUCUCAUCUCUCCGUAUCAAAAAAAGGCACAAUAGCUAUGAAGAGGGUGGAUUUGGACGGCGGAGAGGGUUGCUGUCAUUUUCAUCUGUACGAGAGACAUCAAGAAAGGAGUCAGUCCCAGAAGAUCCUGAGGGUGCCUCACAGCUGUUCAGCACUCGGGAGAAGAAGACAGGUGAGCAGCCCAAAGGUCACCUGAUAUCUGAUGUCGCUGUGCAACACAGCAGCCCUGCAGAUGAAGAUGAUGGUGGACGACAAGGUGCCCUCAAGAGGUUCAGUGCGAUGUGGUCUUCCUUCCGCAGAGGCAAAAGAGAUAAAGCCAGAGACCCCGAGCCUACAGAGCCGCUGGAUGCGGUGGUGCCAGACGACGCAUCCAGGCAGCACCGCUACGCCAGCGGUCAGUACUUCUUUGAGUAUCUGGUGGUGGUCAGCCUCAAGAAGGUCGGGAGCACCUACGAACCUCAGAUCAGCUAUCAGUUUCCAAAGAGAGAUGGCAUGGCGAGAUUUCAGAAGGAGGAGGAGGAGAAGACGCUAAAGGCCAUCACUCUGUUUUGUUUCCCAGAGGGCAUCAACUGGGCUCCUCUGACAGAAUACCACAGUGAAACCUUCUCCUUUGUUCUGACUGAGAUCGAUGGCAGCAGAAGAAAUGGAUACUGCAGGAGGUUACUGCCUGGUGGGAAAGGAGCUCGACCACCCGAGGCUUACUGUAUCAUCAGCUCACUGGCUUGUUUCGGCCUCUUCUCCAAGAUUUUUGAUGAGGUGGAGAAGCGGCGGCAGAUCUCUAUGGCCAUGAUCUACCCAUUCAUGCAGAAGCUGAGGGAGGCUCCAUUCCCAGCUCCGGGAAACACUGUGGAGAUUAAGAGCUUCAUUCCUGAGUCGGGCACUGAGAUCAUCAGGUUGACCCGGCCGCUGGACUCCUGGCUGGAACAUGUAAACUUCGCCACGCUCUUUGGCUGCCUGACUGACGAAGAGGUGUUACUGGUGUUUGCUGCCGCCGUGCUGGAGAGACGGAUCGUUUUCAUCGCUGAUGAACUGGGAACAUUAUCACAGGUCAUCCAUGCAGUCACGGCCCUGCUUUACCCCUUCACCUGGCAGCACACCUUCAUCUCCAUUGUUCCAGAGAUCCUGAUCGAUGUAGUGAUGGCACCCACGCCCUACCUGCUGGGAGUCCAGAAACGCCUCCUGGACCUGGUCACCGACCAGAGUGAUCUGCUGGUGGUCGACUUGUCUGAGAGCAAAGAGGAGACCUUCAUCAUUUCAAUCGGUGAUGAGAGCUCUAUUCUGCCUCCGAAGCUCCAAACUGAAAUACUGGAGGUGCUGAAGAACAGACCCAAAUCACCAUCGGUGGAGGAGCUCAACCGGGUGGUGUCAGAAGCCUUCCUGCAUUUCUUUGUGAAAACAGUCGGCCAUUACGCCUCGUACGUGAAACGCGGCCGCGCUGGAGAGCAGGGCGUGUUUGAAAAGAGAAGUUUCUACAAGGCCAUCGAGUCCAAGACCACUCGACACUUUGUCAAGAAGUUCAUCCAGACGCAGAUGUUUGACCUGUUUAUCCAGGAUGUGGAGCAGCAGCAGGCUGGACCACAGCAAGGAAUAUUCCACAAAAAGAUCCUUGAAUACCAAGAGAAGAAGAAAAGGGACAAGACAAAGAAACACUAGCUCUGAGCGCGGAACAGGUGUAUAUAGAGGAUUACAUAGAAAAAUAUGUGAAUGUUGCACUGUGUGUUUUUAUUCCCUGAUUUUAAAUAAUUCUAUUCUAAUGUGUGAAUUACUGUACGGCUGUAUGUUGCUGCUACUCUGUGAAACACUGGCACAAUAAGAGAUGUGUUCUCAGCCCGUGGCCACAGUCUGUUGGUGAUGAGCAGGAAAUUCAUUUCAAAUAAAGACUACUUUGUUUUUUAACUCCA